AUGAAGUUCGGCAAGUACCUCGAAAAGCAGGCCAAGGAGGAAUGGGUUCCCUUCUACCUCGACUACAAGGGCCUGAAGGACCUCAUUAAGGAGAGCGCCAAGGAGGCGGACUCAUCGGGCCCGGCGGCGUUCUCGCCGCGCACAACGUCCCUCUCGAUCGCGCGCGCCGCGAAGAAGGCGGACGCGUCGGAGGAGCGCUUCUUCCAGAAGCUCGAGGCGGAGCCGGCCUCGACGCGGGGGGUGGCCGUGGUCCAGGCGUGA